AUGGCGCAGCGCAGGGGCUCUCGCAGUUCUUACUAUUUCUUCGUGCGCGAUCAGCUGCCUGAGCUGCAGCAGCGCGGGCUGCCCGUCACCUGCGUGGUCGAUGCAAUCCCUUACUGCUCCCAGGCCUGGGCGUUGCUGACUAAGGAAGAAAAGAUGGUAUAUACAGAGAAGGCUCGUAAGUGGAAUGAAAAAUGCUCUCAGAAGACAGUGAAAGAGAUGUGUAAACUGGCUCAUCCGGUUCCUGCUUGUCUGAUUGCAAAGAUGCCCAGCGUUACUUCUCUUCCAGAUGCCUCUGCUAUGUCUUGGAAGAAUGAUCAGGCUGUGGUUGCAGACAUCUUCUACUUCCUGAACAUUUACAGCCAUGGCAAGCUGCCAUCCCACUGUGAACAGCGCUUCCUUCCCUGUGAGAUUGGGUGUGUCAAGUACUCCCUACAGGAUGGCAUAAUGGCCGAUUUCCAUCACUUCAUAGAUCCAGAAUUACCACCACGUGGUUUUCGGUACCACUGCCAGGCUGCUAGUGAUGCCACUCAUAAGAUCCCUAUGUCUGGAUUUCCUCUUUCACGUACUUGUUAUGCAGUUGUCUUCCGGGAACUUCUUGAGUUUGUCCAGCCAGCCAGAGGUGUUCAGCCUCACUUUUACUGCAGGUCUGAUGACAGAUUCCGAAUUUACUGGUGUCUCAAUCGAAUGGCUAGCGUAACAGGUAUUGAGAGCCAUCUGGAACUUCUUGCUGUAGAAGACCUGGUAUUAGAACUGUACCGGCAGAAAUACCAGAAGGAGCCAUCCAAGACUUGGGUGUGUAGAGAACUGGAUGCCUUCCUGUGGGAUUUCUCCAGUAAUACCAGGUGCAAGUGGCAUGAGGAGAAUGAUAUACUCUGCUGUGCUUUGGCAUCCUGUAAGAAAAUUGCUUACUGCAUCAGUAAAUCUUUAGCUAGUGUGUAUGGAGUCUCACUGACAGCAGCUCACCUACCUCUUCAAGACUCUGAUUAUGGUGAAAGCACAAAUACGAACACAGUCAUACUGGAUGCUGGACGUUUUCAGAAAAUGAAGGCUGAGGGUUCUGGAUGUGACAGACAUUUUGGUUCUCCAAGCCGUGAUCAAGAGUUUCUCCCUUCUAAUUGUGAUUCUCCACGUGGUGCGAAGACCUCCCUUUAUGGAACAAGUAUCAUGCGAGGAAGAGGAAUUACUCGAUUGCUGAAAAGUGCAUCUGAUCUAUCCAAGUCUUUCAGUAAUUGA